CACUUUACAAACGGUGCAUUUAAACUGAAAACAGAUAUUGAAAUAACGCUUUGCUUGUUCCGUUCUUUAUAUUGAUUAGGGAAUUUAAAGACAUUGCUUUAAAAUCUUGACAAGACAAAAUGGAAACUGAUACGAUUAAAGAAGAUCUCAAAAAUGUUUUAGAUAGUCGGGAAGAAACGAUUUUGGUGUUAAACAAUUUAUCCCAGGAAUACUUAAAAACUAGCGAAAAAUAUAAUAAAACCAAUAUUUUUACCAGAGUUUUAUCUAUUGUGGCUGGAACGGCUUCAGCUGGACUUGCCAUCGCGACGCCUUUUACUGCUGGGCUUACCGGUGCGCCUGCCGUAGUACUUGCUGGCGUAUCUGCUGCUAGUUCUGCUGCGUCACUCGGGGCAUCAUUUGCCCAGAAUAUCAGCGAUAAAGGCUAUAUGAAACAAGUGCAUGCGGUUUUGGAAAAAGACCAUUGGGCGUCUGCGCGACUUGAACGUGAUCUGAGGGCAUUUCUGAAGUAUCAGUCAUUAGCGAUGGACACUACUACGUUGGCAACCAGCUUAGCGAAUCUUGGAUUUCAUACCCUAAAUAAAAGCGCAGCUAUUCUGAAAGCGUCUGGCAAGUCUAUGCAGAUUGUUGAUUCCAUUACGGAUGCUGCUGAACUCCUUGGAAAAGCCAGUAAAGUCCUGACCAAAGUCAGUAAAGCUGUUUUGGUCGUUUCGAUUCCCGUUGAUGUCAUACUGCUCAUUGUCGACCUGAAGCAUUGCGCUAAUUACUCGGAAGUGGAAGUUAUAAUCCAGAAAGCUGUCCGGACAUUACUGCAAAACAUAGCAGUAAUGAAAGAUUUACUUGCAGUACUGGAGGGUUAAGAAGAAAUCAGAGAGAAUGGCUUCAUGCAUGUAAUCGUUGUUCGAAACAUACCAUAUACCACCUGUCAAUGGUAAAUUGGAUAUAUAUACGUGUGCGGUAUUAGGAUCUUAUGAAUUAAAUAUAUUCGAGCAAUAACAAUGGUUGACUGGGCAAGGUAGAUAAAGAAUACACUUAACAACCGGUGCAUAUAUUCUGAUAAACAGAUUUUCAUCAAAUGCUACAUUUAUAAGAUAUUUUAAUGUAUGUAUAUAAUACCUCGUUUCCGUCAUUGUUUAUUUGAUCAUAUAUCUCUCUUUUUUGAUGCCGACAUAAACCAUAUUAAUUUCAAAACCUCGUAUUCAUAAGACUUUAGGAUAGUUGUUUCUUUCACUAUAAGAUAGCAAAUGAUUUCACCGAAUGAGCACCACAAACUGUAUUUUACGAGCAGCUAUGCCAUGAGUGAAAUAUUUAAUUUUAGAGUUCAUGAGGUGAAUUAUAAUCUAAUCUUAUACUGAGGUAUAUCACAAAUAUUUUUUCAUACGUUAAAAAAAUUAUUAGGAGUAAUUGAUCAGGAAAUAAUUCCAAAAAUAAUCCAUAUGCAUAAAAGGAUGUUCAUUUUAUUUGUCUUCUCUGUUUUUGUACGUUAAUAUAACUUUUGUAUCAGUGCAACGGGCUGAACUAGAUUAAAAACACUGUGAAAUUACACAGCGAGUUACUCACUGUUUUGAAGGGUGAGUUUGUUAGGUUGUGACCCUCUGCUUUUUUGUUUAAAAAAAACACACAAAAGUAAAUAUGAUAUUUACUGCACCACAUUGCUUACCAUGUAUUUGUUUGCCAACUUGUAAUACAAUAUGCUGUCUUUGUGUGGCUCUUUGAUAAUAAGAUCGUCAGAUUUCAGUACAAAUGAACUACUCGAUAUUGCACAAUAGUAUUAAUUUUCAAAACCGUGAUGUUUGUGAAAUACAAUAUUUCGUUUUGACAAUUAAGUCAAUCUGUUAUGGUGUAUAUUGAUUAUUUUUUUAUUAGUCUUGUUUUAUCUGUUAUAAAUUUAUGGAUGGUUAUUUAGAUAACUACUGUAUAUUAUAAUGUGACUUCAGAAUUAUUUUAUAUUAAAAUAAAUGUUGUCAUUUG